AUGGGCCUGGUGUGCGCUUUCCUUCUGCAGGGUCUGGUGAAUGGACUGCAGCGGAUCAAAAUUCCGCGCCUGAUAGCCGUCUAUCUGAGUUUCCUGUUAUUUGUGGGAUUGAUUCUGGCUUUUUUCGUGAUUGUUGUGCCGCUGCUGUGGAAGCAGAUGCAGGGCCUGAUUGGGCUGUUACCUGCGGUUCUCAACCUGUUGCAGGACAGCGUGAGUGAGUUGGCAGCGAGAUAUCCUCAAUAUAUAACCGAGACUCAGAUUUCAUCGUUGAUUGAUCAGGCGGCUGGCGAGUUGGGCAACUUAAGCGCCACGGUUUUUCAAACCGCAUUUUCUCAGGUCUUUUCACUGCUUGGACUGGUGCUGUAUCUGGUGCUUGUGCCGAUUUCGAUUUUCUUUUUCCUCAAAGACAAAGAUGAACUGCUGGCCUGGCUGCACUCUUUGCUGCCCGCUGACCGUCCUCUGCUGACCUCAGUGGCCAGUGAAAUGAAUAUUCAACUGGGUAACUAUGUGCGUGGCAAAGCCAUUGAAAUUGUCAUUGUCGGCGCGGCCACCUUUGUUAGUUUUACGAUCCUCGGUGUGAAUUACGCGGCGCUUCUGAGUGUGCUGGUGGGUUUGUCGGUAUUGAUUCCCUUUGUUGGUGCAGCGGUGGUGACACUGCCGGUGUUCAUCGUUGGUGUUAUUCAGUUUGGCUGGUCCUGGGAACUGGGUACGGUGAUGAUUGUCUAUGGGGUCAUUCAGUUUCUGGAUGGUAAUGUGCUGGUGCCGCUGCUGUUUUCCGAGGUGGUAGAUCUGCAUCCCAUCAGCAUUAUUGUCGCGGUUCUGGCUUUUGGCGGCGCGCAAGCGACGAUCCGGAAGAAAGGCGCGCAAGCGACGAUUCUGGUGAAGGGCGCGCAAGCGACGAUUCUGGUCAAGGGCGCCCUCGAUGGGUGGGUAGAACACCGCGAAGGUGGGGUUGAAGCCAUGUUAAAGGGCAGCAUUGUUGCGCUGAUUACACCCAUGCUGGCCGAUGGUGAAGUGGACUGGCCGUCCCUUGACAAUCUGAUUGAGUGGCAUAUUGAGAGUGGCACCCACGGCAUUGUGCCUAUGGGUACAACGGGUGAAUCUGCCACCUUGGAUACGGUUGAACAUCUGCAGGUCAUCAAACGCACCAUUGAGGUGGUGGCAGGUCGUAUUCCCGUGGUCGCCGGCACAGGUAGUAACUCGACAGCAGAAGCUAUACACCAGACCCAGGAAGCACAAGCUGCGGGCGCCGACGCCUGUUUAUUGGUCUCACCCUAUUACAACAAGCCAACUCAGGAAGGCCUUUACCAGCACUACAAAGCAAUUUCUGCCGCCACUGACGUACCGCUUGUGCUUUAUAAUGUACCCCCGCGUACCGCCAGCGAUAUGUCUGCGGAAACUGUCGCGCGCCUGAGCACGGAUAAAAAAAUUGUUGGUAUAAAAGAAGCGUGCGGUGACGCAAGCCGUGUCGGUGACAUCAAAGCCCUGCUUGAAGACAUCGGUAACGACGACUUUUUUAUCCUCUCAGGAGAAGAUGCACAGACUCUGGAAAUGCUUGACCUGGGUGCAGUAGGCACAAUAUCAGUGACCGCAAAUGUAUGUCCCCGGGAGAUGGCUGAGUUUUUGAACACUUAUCUAGCUGGUGACAAAGAUCGGGCCCGUGAGUUGGAUGCCUUGUUACAGCCGAUGCACGAAGUUCUGUUUAUAGAACCUAAUCCUACAGCCAGUAAGUGGGCCUUGCAUGAAAUGGGUCGGGCCGGACCAGGCUGCAGCUGGUUCGGCGGAGAUGACGAUGACGAAGGUUUUCUGCGCAAUCCUAAAGACGACUAUCUGGAAGCCGUGCAGCACAAUGAACUUGUUUUGCCCGACGACCUGAAACCGCUUGGCGACACAGAUCCGUUUCCAAUCCCGCGUACGCCGAAGCAGGUUAACGCAAGAUUCUAUCCAGACCGCCCACCUCUGCCUGAUGCCAUCUACGCUAACGAUAAUCGCGAUGAAGUGCGUAUACAGCGUUUAGGCGACAGGCGCUGGCUGGUUAUUCCCGAGCCACCGACAACCGCCUGGCCGAAGCUGAAACAGUUUAUGGCGGAAAAUGGUGUUGCGCUGACUUACGAUGCGCCCCAGUCCGGGCGAUUGAAUACGCAGUGGAUGCAGAUUCAAAAUGAAGGCUAUCGCGACGUGAUCCGGACAUUACUCAAGGAUGCCAAAGGCGGCGACCCACUGAUUACCGGCCAGGAUCGGUUUCUGAUCAAGGUUGAACAGGGCUUGCGUGCCUUGACGACGGAAGUGCAUGUGCGCCAUGAAAACGACAGCGUGUCGCUGCCGGUGCGUGAUGAAAUCAUUGUGAUCGACGGCUUAUCCAGCCAUCUGGCAGCUGCAGAAGAUGAUCUGCUCAAUGAAAUUGGCGCCUAUAUUGCAGCUAAAGUCUCCGAACAGACUGUCUCCAAGGUAGCUCUGCAGAUCGGCAGCGCGAAGAAAACUGAACUGGCACGCGACGCCAACGGAUUUCCCGUUCUGCACCUGUAUCUCGACUAUGAGCGCGCCUGGGCAACCCUGGGACAGGCGCUGGAUAAUGCAGAUGUCGAAAUUCUUAACCUGGAUCGGCAAACCGGUCUGUUUGCAGUCAAUAUUCCCGGCUCGGUGUUCACCGCUGACGAUGAUGGCCCCGGUUUCCUUUGUCGUCUGACGUUUUCCUGUGAUGAUGAUGAAGCCGUUGACGUACAGAUAUUGAUUGAAGGUGACAAUCAGGAUUACCGGGUCAGCGUUCUGGAAGCUGAAAGUUCCGCGCCUGCAGAUGCCGAACUGGCGCAACAGGUACUGGUUCUGAUCCGUGAAUUUGCCGCCUGGGGUGACCUCCACGGUAUCCUGAUCAGUCAUGAGCAUUCAGAUCACAUUGCCGGUGUUGCAGCUCUGGCUCACAAGUAUGCUAUUCCAGUUUACGCCUCCUACGGGACGCUCAAGCACGACCUGCGCGGCGUUGCCGGCAUACCUUUUGACGGUGAUCAGCCGUUUGAAAUUGAUGAUGUGACCAUCAAUCCUGUCUGUGUGCCGCAUGAUGCCCGGGAGCCGACCCAGUUUGUGCUCAGCGACGGUGUGGAAUCCAUAGGCGUGCUCUCAGAUCUGGGCUGUGUCACCAGCCACGUUGUGGAGCAGUACAAGAACUGUACCCAUGCCCUGAUCGAAGCCAAUCACGACAGUAUGAUGCUCAGUCGCGGUAGUUAUCCCCAGCGUUUGAAGCAACGUGUGGGCGCAGAUUAUGGACAUUUGAACAACGACCAGGCCCAUCAAUUGCUGCAGCACAUCGCCCACCCGGAUCUGCAUGUUGUUAUUGGACACGUCAGUGAACAGAAUAACGCGGAGGGCUUUGGCUGGCUCGGCCAACAGCCCAUCAAACGGCAAAUAUCUUUCGGCGAGGUCCCGCCUUCAGUGCAAACCAAACAAACGCUGGAAACUCUGAUGGCCCAGUAUGGCGGCAAAGCCGUGCUGGCAUUAUCAGAUGUGGCGGUUGACCAGACGCUUGCUCAACAUCUGCGGGUACAGGGGCUGCCCAGCUUGCGGAUUGUCCAGCAGGGUAAAAUUGUUGAUCAGAUUGAUGGUCCGGCAGAUGAAGCCCAAUUGCGCACUCUGCUCGAUACGCUGACACAGUCAUCCACAGACAUAUUGCAGGGUCAGCUGGACCAGGUGCUGGCCAGCGGUGAUUACGACACCGCGGUUGCGAUGUUGCAGCAGUCAAUGAACGAAGAACCCAAUAAUCAGGGUUUUCGGGUAGAGCUGGCUGAUGUCCUGAUCCUGAAAGGUGAUCUUGAUGAUGCCCGCACGGUCCUGGCGUCUAUUCCUGAUGACACGCCAGAGCGUGAGCGCCCGCAGCAUCGACUUGAGUUUGUUGAAGAAGCAGCCGGUUAUGCAAGCGUUGCAGAAAUUGAUGAGCAAUUGGUCGCUGAUCCAGACAAUCUGGAGCUGAAAUAUCAGAAGUGUGUAGGUCUGACGGUCACUCGGGAUUAUGAAAGUGCGUUGAACCUGGCCAUGGACAUUUUGCGCAGCGAUCGUGAAUUUCGUGACGAUAUCGGGCGUUUGACGAUGGUCCGUAUCUUCCCACUGUUGGGCAAGGGGUCAGACAUUGCGGCAGCUCGUAACCGAAUCGAUAAUGUGGGUAGUUGCGACAUGGAUGCGCAGUCGGAUCCUUGCCUGGUUCUUGAACUCAAUGGCCACCACGCCUCUGUGGCCGCACAGGCUGUGGCGGAAGGCGUCCCUUUUAAGCUGGGCAAAACGCCGAGCUGUGACUUCAUUGUUGAUCGUGAACUUACCUCCCGCAUUCACGCUCGGAUAGAGCGUCACCACAAAGAUUUCUAUCUCAUCGAUGAAAGUACCAAUGGCACCUUCGUACAAACGGAGGAUGAACAGACAAGAUUAACUAUGGAUUGGUCCAGCGCCAGCGAUAGUCACCGUGGAAACCGGCGCGCGAGAAACGAAGAUGCCGUUUUUGCGUCUUCCCACCUGGGUCUGUGGGCGGUAGCGGAUGGCAUGGGUGGGCACAAAGCGGGUGACUAUGCCAGCGAGACCAUUGCGCAGAUGCUGGCGGAUCUCGAUCUCUCGCAGGAUCUCAGUGACUGUGUUGAUCUUGUUGAAGACGGCAUGUUGGAAGUUAACGAUCAUCUACGGCGUCAUGCACGUACUGAAUGUGACGGCAAUACAGUGGGCAGUACCGUUGUGGUGUUGAUUGUGCGCGGUGAAGUGGGCGUUGCGCUGUGGGCUGGCGAUAGUCGUCUGUAUCGAAUGCGCGGACGCCUGAUGAGUCAGAUCACUCGUGAUCAUAACCCCGUUUCAGAUUUGUUAGACAGCGGCAGUAUUACCGAAGAUCAGGCGUUGAAUACAGAUACGCACAUCAUCACCCGCGCGGUGGGUGGUCAACGUGAUCUGCAUCUUGAUGUGGCGGUGUUUGACGUUCAACCUGGCGAUACGAUGCUGCUCUGUACCGAUGGGUUGUACCGCGAAAUAGAACCCCAAUCUAUUUAUGAUGCCCUGCAGCACGAUGUGGACAAAGCCGUCACCAUACUCAUGCGUGAUUGUCUGCAGGGGCCUGCCAGGGAUAAUGUGUCAGAUGGCAUAGUUCGCCAUCGAGUGUGUCGAGUGGAAGCGCGUGGUACGCAGCCUUACGUCGCGGUUAAGAUCCUGAAUAAUGACUUUCGGCAUCAUCCCGAGGCGUUUAUUGCGCUGGAGCGGGAAGCAUCAAAAUCUCAGGGUCUGCGGCACAGCAAUAUUGUUUCCAUCUUCGAUUUUGAUAAAGACGAAGACGUUCCGUUCAUCACCAUGGAGCUGCUGCAGGGUGAAGAGCUGGCGGACCUGUUAAAAGCCUACCCUUCGGGCUUGCCCGAAGAGCUGGCCUGGAAAAUUAUUGAAGGCAUGGUGCUUGGUCUGAAACAUGCGCACGAAGAGGAAGUGGUGCAUGCCGACUUCAAACCCGGCAAUAUCUUUAUCACGCAGAAAAAGGUAGCCAAAAUACUGGAUUUUGGCAUCGCGCGAGCGAUGCGAAUGAAUUCGGGUUCUGAAGAUACUGAUUUCGAUCCCGCACGUCUGGCGGCUUUGACGCCGGCUUACGCAAGCCGCGAAAUGUUGAACGGCGACAAUCCGGAACCUCGGGAUGACAUUUUCUCGCUCGGAAUUGUCAUCUACAUGGUUUUAACCGGGCAUCAUCCUUACGGGCGUGUUCCGGCUAAUGAAGCUGCCCGGGAAGGGCUCAAACCGGAACGUAUCAAAUCUUUAUCGCGACGGCGCUGGCGUGUCUUGGAAAAAGCGCUGCAACUUAACCGUCAGGAUCGACCUGCGGAUGUGCAGGAAGUUUUUGCCGGCCUGUUUGCACCUUCACCGUGGCGCAACUGGUCGCUGAUGGCGACAGCAGGACUCGUCACAGCAAGCCUUAUUCUUGUUGCUUUGCAGGAUUCAGCGUCUAUCAACGAGGUGAAAGAAGAGGUUCGCCAGGAAACGCUGGUGGAUGCGCAGAUGAACCGGAUAGAAAAACUGUUAGAUGAGCCGGCAUACGAUACUAACUGGGAACGACAGCUGUUCGCGGAAGUACAGACCCUGCGAGCCCUGAGCCCCGCUAUAGCGGAUGUACAAGGCUCAACGGAUGCUGCCAUCCCACAUCCACAUGAUCGGAUCAGCGCGCGCAUUGCAGAAUUGUAUUCUGAACAUAUUCGUAAUACCGCAGAUCUACCCACCGCGUUUGCUCAAUUCGAGGCGGGUCAGCAGUUUGUGGAACUGGCAGAGGUGCGUGCUGAUCUGCACGAAAGGCUGCUGAACGAGCUGGAUAGGCUUGCAGGCCAGCCGAUCAGUGGACAGUGGUUGACCCGCUUUGAAGAAUUGAUGUCUCAGGUAAAUACUUAUUUUGCUGAUUCGACACUUUUGGUGGUGACGCAGAUCGAGUUAGUCGAUUACGUCGUGCAGCAGUUGGAGCAGGACCUUAUCAGCCGGGAUAUUCAACUUGCCCAGCAAACCUGGCGCAAUGUUGAGAAUAAGGUGUUUGAUGGCGCUCAAUGGCAAUCCCUGCAGGAUAGUUUCAGUGCGGCAUUGACCAGCGCGCAGGCGCAAAAAGAGGCGCAAGUGCAGGUGCAAACCGCACAGCGUUUACAAAAACAGAUGUCGGCCUCGCUGGCCGUGAGCUGCCUGCGCAUGGAUGUUGGUCAGAUAGCGGCCCGGCUCGAUAGGCUCACUGCAGCUCAUCCCGGCCACGCAGCAAUGCUGCGCGAACAGAUUGGUGCGCGUCUGGGUGAAUGUAUCACUCGUCUUGGCGCCGUUGACCCGGACCGGGCUUAUUCGCUCAAGAAACAGGCGCUGGCGCGCUUCAGUGGUAUGCAGCAACUGCAGGAUCAGCAGCUGGAUCCCUGUUCCCUCCACUAUCUGGUGGGUAAUGGCAAUGCCAGCGGCAGAGGUAGUUUCUGUGCUGACCAGGUCAGUCAGGAUCAGCGUGGUCCGCGACUGGUUGUUGUUCCAGGUGAUCAGAGCCUGGCUAAAUUUGCCAUCAGCAAAUAUGAAAUAAGCUGGCGGGAUGUGAAUCUGUUCUGUGCUGAAACCAAGUUGUGUGUUGCGGCGGCAGAAGAGCACCUGCCCGUUACCGGCAUGGCGGUUGAUGUCGUUGAAGAAUACGCGCAGUGGCUGAGUGAUCGCACCGGUUAUACGUACAGGCUGCCGACUGCUCACGAGUGGCAACAGGCAGCUCAGGGCGAGCCGGACCCUAACCGUAAUUGUCGUAUCGACGUUGGUGGUGUGCGACGCGGCGAUGCCAUGCUUGCAUCCGAAAACGGUGCUGCGAACCCCUUAGGUACCUUCAGCGAUCCUAUAGAACGAUGUCAGAUUGAAACCCAGCGCGAGAUUGCCGCUCAGGGUGAUCAGCAGACAGGCUUCCGUCUGGCGCACGCUGCCGGGGAAAUUUCCCAGCUUGAAUAUCGCGAAGCACGCCGCCAGGUGAUCAGGAAAUUCGCCAGGGUGAAUAAGGGGCCAUUGGUCCAGGGUGCGGAUGAUACGGUGCCGCGCUUCGAUCUGGAGACCACCUUACGUCGCUCGGAAGGCUUCCCUGAACCUGUGCAGAGUGUGCAACGGCAACCCUGGUUGAUGGGGCUGGUUCUGCUGGUGGUGGUGCUGGUCGCCAUGGUGCUGCCAUUGAUGUCUUUCGCGGCCUUAAUCCCGCCGGUGAGCGAGCGCGACCCUAAUCCUGCUACGGCUCCGACCUACGAAAUUGAUCUGGUGCGCUGGCAGAUACCGGAAGAUCUGCAACCGCAGUUCGGCGAACCUGCAGAAGCGUUGCUGGCGGCUGGUCUGCAGACGCUGAAAAACAAUGAUGCGCCUCUGGCCCACGGUUUCAGCAGCUCUGAACUCACAGAAGUUGCUCGCUUCUUAAAUGCUAUUGGCGUGCAUGAUGAAGCGGUAUCACUUUCCCGCGGCGACCUGCAGGACCUGAAAGCGCUGGUAGCUGCGCAGAAAAAGAAGCGCGGCGUGUCUCUUCUGCAGCUUGAGCAACUGGCUAAAUCUCUACAGGACUGGUUGCGCGAAGAGGGUUUUGUGCUGGCCACGGCUUAUAUCCCAACACAGGAAGUUGUCGACGCGACGGUCCAGAUUGAGGUGGCUUUUGGCCAGCUUUCCAGCAUUCGUGUGACCAACGAGGACACGGCUCAAUUACACGCAGGGUUCACAGACCUGCUCGGCAAGCGGGUCGAGAAAAAGUCCGUAGAAACCCGCUUGAACAUACUCAACCGACAACUGGGUGUGCAGUCUGAAGUGUAUUUUCAACCCGGCGCUGAGGUGGGUGAAAGCGAGAUGGUGCUGCAGGUCAAACAACACCAGAAAUUUGCCGGUUCCAUUGGCCUGGAUAAUUACGGCGUUGAAGAUCUCGGCGAGGAACGUCUGUCGCUUACAGGUCGUUGGAAUAACCCUCGAGGUGCCGGCGACGUGAUGACGGCUAAAGCAUUCACAACCGUCGAUAACAGUGCCCAUCAAUUUCUUCAGCUGGGAUACGCUGCACCGAUAUUCGGUGGGCAGUUUGAUGCAGCAGCUUACCUGUCGUAUGCGGAUCUGCAGUUGGAUAAUGGCAGCGCGCUGGCGGGAGAUGGCCUGUUGUUUGAUACGUAUCUCACCGAUACCCGCUUGUUUACCCGCACGCAGCGGCGAGAACUCACUUACAGCGCAGGACUGCACAAUUUCAGUUGGGAUGGCCUGCUUGAUCAGCGCGCUUUGUUUGUCGCCUCAGCGUUGGAAGGUCAUCAACUCUGGGAUGAGCAGAAGAUUGCCGCGCAAGGGUCGCUGCAGGCUCUGGUGGGCAACGUGGACAAUACCCGCCCUGGUCAGGAUGAUUUUUACUGGCGUCUGCGUGGUGAUCUGAAUGCCUGGAUGCCAUUACCACUGACGGAACGCUGGUUCGAUGAGGGUCAGCAACCCAAAUUAGUGCUGGAUGUGCAAUGGCAAUUAAGUCAGACGCAAUUGCCGCCCACGCUCAGACUGAAUGCUGCCGGACCACAUGCCAGCAAAGGUUUCGCUCAAGGUCAGGUGCUCCUGGAUCAAGGCCUGUUUGUCAGUUCAGCGCUUCGAUUUGAUGCGCCUGUCGGCCAAUGGUGGACGUUCUGGGAUGUGGUUUAUGGUGAACAGAAAGGUGGCGCGCAAUCCUGGGCACACCUCAGUAGUGCAGGGUUGGGUUGGGAAGGGCAGGUGCUGCAGACCGCCUAUGGUGCGCUGUCCAGCCGGCUUACGGUGGCCUAUCCACUUUCCCACAAAGGUUCAGUGCUGGCGGCGUCCGCAGAAGAUUUUGAGGGUGAAGUCAGGGAUGUCCUAACCUCUGCGGUUUUUAUCGAACUCUCCCCGAUUCUGGAUUCUCCCGAGGGUGUGAAAUUGCCCGAAGAUCAGCAGCACACGGCGAUUGUGGGCUACGAAGUAUUGGAUCAGAAGUUGGCCCAAUAUCGGGAAAAAGGGGUGAGUAAGGUUAAAUUAGGCCUGACGGACAUUGACGGCGUUAUCCGUGGCAAGUACGUGAAUAUGGAUAAGUUCGCCGCGCUCUGCAGAAACAGGGUGGCUUCUGUGAUUGUGUGUUCGGUUGGGACGUUGAUGACCAGCUUUAUGACGCUGGCCGUUAUACAGGUUGGCAUACCGGCUUUCCUGAUACGGGCUUCCGCCUGCUGGUGCAUACCGAACGUUGGCUGCCUGAUGAAUCGGCAGGGUUUGAUAGUUCGCUCAGGGUUUGAAUACGAGUUUUUUGUCUUCGAAGAAACGCCGCAUUCAGUUCGCGAGAAGGGUUAUCAGAAUCUCAAAUCAUUAACCCCGGGCAACUUUGGUUAUUCUGUGCUGCGCACGUCGGUGGCGUCUGAUCUGUUCUCUGGCCUGAUGGACUAUGCGCUGGCGCUGGAUUGCGAUCUGGAAGGUUUACACUGUGAAACCGGCCCCGGCGUUUGGGAAGGCGCAUUGAAAUCCAAGCUCGGUGUGGAAGCUGCGGAUCGCGCAAAUCUGUUUAAAACGUUCACCAAAGUUUAUCUGCAGAAGCGCGGAUUGAUGGGUACCUUCAUGGCCAAGUGGUCGAUGGAUUAUCCCGGCCAGAGUGGCCACUUCCAUUUCUCCGUGCAGGAUAAGCAGGGCAAUAACCCAUUUUAUGAUAGUCAUGGGGAAGCAGGUAUGUCUGCGUUGCAGUGCCAUGCCGUGGCUGGCCUGAAAAAGUAUCUGCCUGAACUGCUGGCCCUGAUUGCACCCACCAUCAACAGCUACACACGGCUGGUAAAAGGCGCCUGGGCGCCCACCGCUGCGACCUGGGGUGUGGAAAACCGCACCUCGGCUGUCCGUGUUAUUCCAGCUGGGCCAAAAGCCCAGCGGAUAGAGUGUCGGGUGGGUGGCGCAGAUGGUAAUCCCUACCUGGUGGCCAGUGCGGUGUUGGCUGCCGCGCUGCAGGGUAUAGAAGAGAAACUCGAACCUGGUGAACCGGUAACAGGUAAUGCCUACGAAAUGCAGGACAGUCUGCCAGCUGCCGCACAGUUCCCGAGUAACCUGCGCACCGCCGCGGAGAAUCUUGCCGCAUCAAAAAUUGCGGUUGAUCAUUUUGGUGAGGUGUUUGUUGAACACUUUGUGAUGAAUCUGAACGUGCGUAUUGGAAUCCUGCUUACCGACCAUGUGCGCACCCAGUUUGUUGCUCAACAUGGCGACUAUGGGGACAUGUUUACGCAGCUGCUCAAGGCGCAGGAUCCGGACCUGGAUCUCGUUAUUUAUGAUGUGCAGGUGGCCUGCCCCGAGGAGAUCACCUGUGAUGCCUAUCUGAUUACCGGUAGCAAAGACAGUGUCUACGACAACCUGCCAUGGAUAAAUGAGCUGGUUGCGUUUCUACGGCGUGUGUUGGCUGCAGAUAAAAAGGUUAUUGGCAUCUGUUUCGGCCAUCAGCUGAUGGCGCAUUUUUUUGGUGGUCGGGUUGCGCCAGGGCCCCAGGGUUGGGCGGUUGGUGUGCACACCAGCCAUAUCGAUAAAGUUGAGCCCUGGAUGGGCAACUUGACCCGGUCUGAGGUAUCUCUGCUGUCGAGUCAUAAAGACCAGGUAGUUGAACUGCCCGAAGAGGCUGAUGUUUUUCUGAGCAAUGAUUUCUGUCCUGUGGCGGGCUUCACCCUGGGCUCCCAGGUACUGAGCCUGCAGGGGCAUCCGGAAUUUGUCGCGGCGUACGCGUCAGAUCUGAUGGAUAUGCGGGCAGACAUCAUUGGCGACGCGGUCUAUCAGGCGCCAACACGCUUUGGUCAGUUUCGGCGCCGGGCUGAAAAACUGGUGUCCAACCCGGAUCGUGUGCAGGCGCUGUUGAGCGAUGCUGAUCGCAAACAGGCCAAUGCCGGCGGGGAAAAAUUCCGCGAAAUGCGGGCACAGAUUGGGGUUGCCAUUGCGCUGAUAAAAGCCUGGGUUAGCGGUGAUUACCGACAAGUGUCGAACAAAACUAUAGUGAUCCUGGUGGCAGCCUUGUUGUAUUUUGUAAUGCCGCUGGACGUGGUGCCGGAUUUUCUGUUCGGCUUGGGUCUGCUUGAUGAUGCUGCCGUUCUGGUCUACGUCUUCUCGCAGUUGCAAACAGAGAUAGCAGCCUUCCAGGUCUGGCGGCAACAGCAGGUCGAUGAGCAACAAUCCGAGGAAGAACGGCUUGUUAAAUGGCAGAUGAGUGACUAUCUCGAUCUCAACAGUGAUCAGCGCAAAUUGUUAGAAACACAGAUUGAAGGAUUAAUGGCCUGGCAUCGGCGAGAACAUCUGCCUGAAUACGCAAUUCUGAUGGAGAGUCUGGCCACCCAAUGGAGUGACGGGGUUUCUGAGGCGCAGAUUCAGUCACUGUUUGAGCAGAUGUUUAUCUGGGGUGAAGAUAUUCAGGAACAGGGUAUGCCUGCUGCCAUUGUAAUGAUGCAGAGCUUAACGGAUGAGCAGGUGGCCGCGUUGCCAGAGCGUUUAGAGAAGAGUAAUCAGGAGAUCGCGCAGGAUGAACUGGACGUUGCGCUUGACCAGGUGCAGGACGCCUGGGCAGAAGAUUUUGCAGAUGGGUUGGAACGCUUUACCGGGCGGCUGCUUAAAACCCAGCGUGAGUAUCUGAGUCGGCGUGCAACGGCUUACCAACCGGAACGGGUGCUUUGGGCAGAAUACCGACGUCGUUUCCAGGCGGAUUUAAUGAAGUUGUUGAUGAAGCGGAACGAACCUGAGUUUGAUGCAGAAUUUCGACGCCUGGCGGCAGCCAGGGAAUCCUACUAUGGAGAGGAGUUCACCCGUGUGAGUGAUGAGAACAUUGCUCUGAGUCGCGAAGUUGCCUCGUAUGUAUUGUCGAACCUGACAGAAAAGCAAAGUGGAAGACUAAAAGAUGCUUUGUUGGAUCUGGCUCAGGAUUUUCAGGAGCUGGCGGCUAAAGCAGAGCCGGCGGAUGCCGCCUGA